GUAUAUCGUAUACGUAAUAACGCUGAAAUUAUCGAGGGGAAGAUAAUUGUCGCCCGGCGGAAACCACCGCCGCCGCCGCCACUGCCGCCGUAGCACAGAAAAACCUGACAAGUCGUCGCAGCGUUGUGCCGGUGGUGGGAUACACGCGCUGUACGCCGCACGAACGCGAGUAGGGAAGAAAGGAAAAAAAAAUAAUAAUAAUAAAAACGAAAAACGGAAGAAAAAAUAGUAAAGCUAAUAAUAUUUUCAUGAGUGCGAACAUGGUUUGCUCGUGUUUCGUCCGGCCGCGGUGGAUGCGGGAAAAAGCGCGGAAAUGUGAUAAAUAAAUAAAAAAAAAUAAUUCAACGUCGUUCGCGCAUUUUCGUUUCGCUGCCGUCGUCGGCCGUAUAUGCAUAUAUUAGGUACCAUCAUUUAAAUAUUAUACAAUACACAUAUAUCAUAAUCCAUACACACACACACACACACACACACACACACACACACACACACGAGCAAUAUAUUAAUCUUUGUACGCAUCUCUCUCUCUCUCUCUCACACACACACACACACGCACUCACACUCAUUCGUUCGUAUUAUAUUAUAUUAUAAUAUUAUGUAUAAAUAAUAUACACAUGUGCGCGUGGGCGAGUGACGAGUCGCAGCAGAGUGCGCGUGUAGGUUAUGGAAGAAAAUGACCGGCGGAACCGAGCGGAUAGUCAACUGCAGCAGCAGCAAGAAAGGACUGCAGAACUCGGGCAUCACAAGAACGACGAUUGCGACGGAGCGACCAUCAUGAGCGUUCCCGACUUCCAAAGCGCCUUAACCGGCAAAUCUUGCAACGAAGGAUGGCCCACCGAACAAGAGAUAAUGGAACAUCCCGGUCUGAGGAACACACCGCUGGCCAUGUUGGCGGCUCAGUGCAACAAGUUGCAGAGUAAAUCUCCGCCGCCGCUGGCUGACGCGGCCGUGGGCAAAGGGUUUUACCCGUGGAAGAAGAGCCCGCAACAGCAGUCCAACGACAUGUCCGGUUCACCGCUGCAACAGCAACAGCAGCAGCAACAGCAACAACAGCAGCAGCAACAGCAACAACAGUGCCAGCAGCAACAGCGGACGUCGUCGAGCGCGGCCGAGUCGCCCAGGCCCGUGGUCACGUCCACGUCGUCGGCCCCGUCCACGCCGGUGCCGGCGGGCGCGGGUUACCCGCCCCCUCCGCCGCCACAUCACGGCAACAUAUACUUUGGCGGCGGUGGCGGCGGCCAUCAGACGCUGGCCGCGGACAACAACGGCCACCACCAUCAUCACCAGAGCCCACUGCUGGGCAAGGUGGAUAACCACAGCGCCCUGUACGGCCGCCACCCGUACGAGUGGCCGUUCAAUUCGAUGGGGACCGCCGGACACCACGCGCCCGCCAUCAAGACGGAGUCCGUGAAUCCCGCUUGGUGGGACGUGCACGGCAGCGGAUGGCUGGACAUGAGUGGAGGCAUGCACGCACAGAUGGCCAAUUACGCGGCCCAGUCGGAUUACUCGUCGCUCAGCCACUCGCUGGCCGCGUCCAACACGGCGGCCGCUCACCACCUGUUCUCCAACCAACACUUCUUGCAGGACACGUACAAGUCCAUACUGCCGGGCGCGCAGGGCUCGUUCGGCCUGGGCCACCACCACCACCACCACCCGUCCGUCGUCACGUCGUCCUCGUCCUCGUCGUCGGCCACGUCGCCGGGUUCGGCGUCCGCCGCAGCCGCAGCCGCGGCCGCCGCGGCCGCCGUGUCGGCUGCGUACAGCGCGGCUCCGCAGACGCCGUCGCCGCGCACGCAGCGCCGGUACACGGGACGGGCCACGUGCGACUGUCCCAACUGCCAGGAGGCCGAGCGCCUGGGACCGGCCGGCGGCCACCUCAAGAAGAACGUGCACAGCUGCCACAUACCCGGCUGCGGCAAGGUGUACGGCAAGACGUCCCACCUGAAGGCUCACCUCCGGUGGCACACGGGCGAGCGGCCUUUCGUGUGCAACUGGCUGUUCUGCGGCAAGCGGUUCACCCGGUCCGACGAGCUGCAGCGGCACUUGCGCACACACACCGGCGAGAAGCGUUUCGCGUGUCCCGUGUGCAACAAGCGGUUCAUGCGGUCCGACCACCUGGCCAAGCACGUCAAGACGCACAACGGCAACGGCGGCAGCAAGAAGGGCAGCAGCGACUCGUGUUCCGACUCGGAGAACAGCCAGAGCGCGGCCGACGGCACGUCUCCGCAAAACCAACACCACCAGCAGCAACAGCAGCAGCAACAACAGCAACAGCAACAGCAGCAGCAGCAGCAGCAGCAGCAGCAACAGCAACAGCAACAACACCAGCAGCAGCAGCACGUGCAACCGUUGCACAUGGCCGACAUGGUGGACGUGAAACCGCCGUUGCCGCUGGGCGGACCGGCCGGUCUGGUCCGGUGGAGCCCGGUAGUCAGUUCCGUGGGUUCCGUGGUUCCACUGUCGCCGCCGUCGUCGCACGCCAUCGGACCGUCGCCGUUCCUGUCCGUGCAACAGCAGCAGCAGCAGCAGCACAACAACAACAAGGAACAGAAGAGUUUCUGCGGCUGGACGAACGCCGGGGCCGUCGGCAAAGAGCCGAAAAUGUAUCAGGAAAAACUGGAAUGAGCGUCGCCCCCGCCGGUGCAGCUGCCGCCCCCGCCGACUGCAGUAGCGUUCGGUGGCGGCGGCGACCGCGGCACCGGCGGUGGUGCUACGACCGGCCCAUCACAGUUGCAGUUUUCUAGUCUCCAGCAGCAAUACAAAAACGGACUCCAGCACGACCAAAUGCAACAGCAGCACAAUCAACAUCAUCAUAAUCUGCACUAUCAGCAGCAACAAGAUCAGCAUCAUCAUCAGUACCUGCAGCAGCACCAUCAACUGCACCACCAGCACGGUAGCAACCUGGUAACGCAUUACGCGGCCCUCGGAAGCGCGUUCUACACGUACUGACACCGUGUAGGUAUGAUAACGGAAAAUGCGAUAAGAUUGUGCCCGGUAAAUCUUUUUCAUAUAUAUAUAUAUAUAUAUGUACUAUCCCUAUAUAGAAACGAUAUAUUAUUAUAUACAAAUUACAAACGUUUUAUUUUCCACUCUUUUAACACUCGCGGCGUGUUUUUUUAACGUAUUUUAUAUGAUUUCUAAAUAUAAUAUAUAUAACUGCGUGUCGCCACUUUUUGUACAUAAUAUAUAUUAUCAUCAUAUAUAAUUCAUUACUAUAUUAUGUGUACAUAUAAUAUAUUAUAUCUGUGUACAUAGUUCAAUGUUUUACUGUAAAAAACUUUAAAAAAAAAACCAAAAAAAAAAUCGUAUUAUUAUUAUUAUUAACGUUUUUAUUAGUGUUAAACCCGACGAAGUAUUUUGUCCGCUUCAAGUGCAUAUAGGGUAACGAAGUAAAAAAGAAAUCUUAUAUAUCGUGUAUACCUAUAUAUAUCUUUAAACGAUUAAAACAAAUUUCUUUUUUUUUUUUUAUUAUUAUUAUUAAAUACACCGCGGUUUACCUAUAAAUACAUGGCCGACUAUCGAGUGUGCCGUUGAAUCGCAGCCGCUUUUGUACUUAUAUAUAUGUAUUAAUAAUAAAAUAAUAUAUAUAAUCGCCGUUAUCGAUUUACUCAGCGUACAACAAAAUGGUAUACAUAAUAUUAUUAUAUUGUAAAUAUGGUUGUUUAUAUGCGUAAGAACCGUGUAUAGAUAAUAAAUAAAAAAAUGUUCAACGUUUCUACAUAUUAUAUAUAUAUAUAGAAUAAUAUAUGAUAUUUAUAAUAUAUUAUA